CGCCGUCAACGUCGUCACCGCCGCCGCCCGCGCAGUCGUUAGCCGCUUCACACACUUCCAUUGCUGCCGCCGCCGCCGCUACCGCGCCUGCAGAGGGGGGCUCGCCUAAGGCCGCUUCAGAAAAAAAAGACCGCAGCGAUUUUUAUUUUAUUUUUUAAAAAAAGACCCUUUCGCCUCCUCCCUUGCUUCUCUUUGCUUCCUCAACCAGCCGAAAAUGCCUCGCGGAGAUCGGGAGAGCGACUGGGUGAGUGAGAGGGAAAAAGAACAGUUCCGCAAACUAUUCAUUGGUGGCUUAAGCUUCGAAACAACAGAAGAAAGUUUGAGAAACUACUAUGAGCAAUGGGGAAAGUUAACGGAUUGUGUGGUUAUGAGAGAUCCUGCAAGCAAACGCUCACGAGGAUUUGGUUUUGUAACAUUCUCUUCCAUGGCUGAAGUUGAUGCAGCAAUGGCUGCCAGACCUCAUUCCAUUGAUGGAAGAGUAGUUGAGCCGAAAAGAGCUGUAGCCAGGGAGGAAUCUGGAAAACCUGGAGCUCAUGUUACUGUGAAAAAAUUGUUUGUUGGUGGAAUUAAAGAAGAUACUGAGGAACAUCACCUUAGAGACUACUUCUCGGAAUAUGGAAAAAUCGACACAAUUGAAAUAAUUACAGACAGACAAUCUGGUAAAAAGAGGGGCUUUGGAUUUGUAACUUUUGAUGACCAUGAUCCAGUGGAUAAAAUUGUAUUGCAGAAAUACCAUACUAUUAAUGGUCAUAAUGCAGAAGUAAGAAAAGCUUUAUCUAGACAAGAAAUGCAAGAGGUUCAGAGCUCAAGGAGUGGACGAGGAGGUAACUUUGGCUUCGGAGACUCACGUGGAGGUGGUGGAAACUUUGGACCUGGACCUGGAAGUAACUUCAGAGGUGGAUCUGAUGGCUAUGGAGGUGGUCGUGGAUUUGGCGAUGGAUAUAAUGGAUAUGGCGGGGGACCAGGAGGUGGCAAUUUUGGAGGCAGUCCUGGUUAUGGCGGAGGAAGAGGAGGAUAUGGUGGUGGAGGACCUGGAUAUGGCAACCAGGGUGGGGGCUAUGGAGGUGGCUAUGACAACUACGGAGGAGGCAAUUAUGGAGGAGGAAAUUACAAUGAUUUUGGAAACUACAACCAACAGCCCUCAAACUAUGGUCCAAUGAAGAGUGGAAAUUUUGGUGGAAGCAGGAACAUGGGAGGACCAUAUGGUGGAGGAAACUAUGGUCCUGGAGGAAGUGGAGGAAGUGGGGGAUAUGGAGGGCGGAGCCGUUACUGAUCUUCUGUAAGCUUUUCAUGGCUUUAUGCACCAUGGACAAGCAAUAGACCUGCUGAGCAAAUGAACCAGCCAAGUGUCCAUUAAAACUUUGCAAGGGUCCCAUCCCUGCUAUGGUUAGUUAAAAUGGUAUGUUGCAGCUCACUUACCUGGUACAAUUUCAUGUUUUUAUCCUUCAAUUUUUUUAAAAAAAAUAAACACUAAAGGUGGGUAGGAAAAUGGUGAACUCUUAGGUAUUCAGGGCAGCUGAAAUCUUACUGUCAUGAAAAUUGUCUACUGCGUUGUCUGAAGAUGCUUAUUGUAGAACUUAAAAUGUAGGAAUAAUUUUACUCAUUGGUUUAUAGCACCCAUUCUUGCGUGAUAGUUGUAUACAAGAAAUUAAUAUAUGAUGUGGAAUUUUUAUGACUUGCUAAAUGAAUUUGGCUAGGAUGCUAAUUUGUUUUUCUUGCAUAUUUGUGGAAGAUGUGUUAAAUGUCAGGUUCCUUUGUCAUUUUUUUAUACUGUUAUGUAUUGUUGCUGCAAUUUAAAGAGUAGCAUAUUGUUUAAUUUGGCUGUUGUAGCCAUAGGCAUACGAGCCACAGCUUUUUCAGCUCAAAUAUUUGUCUUUUAAAGUUUGUCUCUGGUACAAUCUGUACACUAAAAGGUCUUGGUUUGCCUCAUCUAGAUUAUAGCCAUUUGCUGAAGUUUUCCUAUAGGUGAUACAAAGAAGCAUACAUGAUAAACUUCUUCAGAUACUUUCUUUUUCUUUGGCAGGAAGGUGCCAGCUGCAGGUAACUAAUGAAGAAGUGGUCAACCACAGAAAAUUCAAGAAAUAAGAUUUUUCUAUGCUCGUCACAAAAUAGAUGGUUUUGCUGGUUUUAUAAAACCUUUUUAGGUUAAAUUAAUAUUAGUGCAGCCUAUUGUAAUGCUUUUUAAAAUAAACUGUUCUUAGAAUUCAGCCUGAAUAGGAAAUCAGAAUUAAUGUUUUAAGACAGCAAAUACUGUGUCAUAUUUUUUAUAAGUGAUAAUAAACUUUUCUACAAAAAUAUUUCUAGUCUGAUAACAUUUUAACAUUUCACACAGUUAAAAUAUAAACCAUGCCACUACAUGACACUUCAGUCUAGAAGAUAGGAACUCAUCGACUUUGGGUGUUGAUUUACAAUGGCUGUGUAGCGCCCCCCCCCCCAAAAAGACAGCCGCAAGUAAGAGGGAGGUAUCAAUAUGCUGUAGGUACAACGUCAAUAUCUGUAGAAGUAUUUGGUUAAGUGGGUCAACCCCUUUUCUGCACUCUAUUCCCCAGAGAACUAAAGCUAAGGCCUAAACAUGCUCAUGGGUUCCAGAAUGCGGUGUGGGCAUAGAAUGUAGUAACCUCAAAGGCGGUGUGGUUGGCUGAAGCACUGAACAGAAGCAAGCAUGGGUGAAUGGUAAACAGUUGACCAAGAGUCAUUUUAGGGUCUGAAAAUAUAGUCACUGAUCUACUGAACCUUGCUUGCAUGCACAGAAACACCUUUGAACUAGAAUGUCGUUUUAGAUACAGUUCUUAAGCACUGACACAAUGUUGGGGGAAAUCAUUAAAAAGACAUUGCCUGUGUGAAUCUUGUUUUUAACAUAUCUUGCAGUAAAGCCCAUGGUUUUCUUUAAAGCUACAUAUGAUCUCUUUCCAGAUAUUCUUGCAUAUCUGAGCUAGGAUUUAUUCCAAAGGGCAUGCCUUACAGUGGUACCUCUACUUACGAAUUACUCGACUUACGAAUGUUUCUACUUACGAACGGAGAUCCGUCCGCCAUCUUGGAUGCGGUUUAGAUAGGAUUUUUUCUACUUACGAAUUUUUAGAUAGGGUUGCUUCGACUUACGAAUUUUUUCUCCCAAUGCAUUCCUAUGGGACUCGACUUACAAUUUUUUUCGAAUUACGAAUUUAAUGCGUUCCGAACGCACAUUCGUAAGUAGAGGUACCACUGUGUUUUUAUGGUUAAGGGCAAUACUCUGGCCCUCUUCAAAAACAAAGUGUACUUAAGUUGUGUUAAAUUUAAGAAACUGCAUGAACAUGGUGUUGGAAAAGUUAACCUACUCUACUGUUUUGGUUACAGGUAGGUAGCCGUGUUGGUCUGGAUCGAAGUAAAAUAAAAAAAAAUUCCUUCAGUAGCACCUUAAAGACCAACUAAGUUUUUAUU